GACUAUUCCCAUUUUUGCCGAGAGCAAAACAUACUGAACGGAAUCUUCAGCUAUCCGGGAGACUGCACACUGUUCAUCCGGUGCUCGUCACUGGACACCAUCAUAGAACCUUGCCCUUACGGCCAGGCCUUUAACCCUGCCUCGGGCUCCUGCCAAAAUGACGAAUCUGCCAGGCUAUGUCAGGGCAUCGGUCAGUUACCUGGCCAAACUACAGUCCAAACAUACUUAGGUAAAUAUCCCUCGGGUGAACUAAGAACUCGUGCAAGUGUGUCAAUUUACUAAACUUUUUAACGCGUUGUAUUUUAUUUUAUUUUAAUGGUUUCGUCCAACAAAAUUAAAAUAGAAUAAAACGAAAGAAUAUAUUUUUCAAUUGUUUCACUUCUAAUUCUAAUUCUCUGACACAAUCGAUUGUAAUAUUCUCUUCCCUUUCCUCAUUUAUAAAAUUAUAAAAACACAUUUAUGAAUUCAUUGUAGCUAUUAUCUCACUAUCUCCCCCCCCCCCCUUCUUGUUAUUGAUUUCUUCCAGAUGUAUCCGACCAUUGCCGUAGGUCUAAUUAUAGGGAUGGAAUCCACUCACAUCCCUACACGUGUGAGGUGUUUUCCUUUCCUCAUUUAUAAAAUUAUAAAAACACAUUUAUGAAUUCAUUGUAGCUAUUAUCUCACUAUCCCCCCCCCCCCCCUUCUUGUUAUUGAUUUCUUCCAGAUGUAUCCGACCAUUGCCGUAGGUCUAAUUAUAGGGAUGGAAUCCACUCACAUCCCUACACGUGUGAGGUGUAUCUAAAAUGUGUGGACUACGUCACCCAUUUCUUGAUCUGUCCCAACAACACUUUGUUCGACCCAAUACCUCGUGGCUGCGUGAGUUCUUCCAUAGCACGGCCGUGCAACGAUGCCAUCGCGCAAUCUUAUGGUAAGCUCAAAUCCCGAUGGGCCAACAUUUAAUCAGGUCCCCCGCACUCAAAAAACCAUCACAAUCACAUAUUACAAUUCCUAACUAAAAAGCAUUCUUAAGAAGAUAAUCAUAUCACCACCUAGCACCAUCCACAGAAACAUCAUCUUCUCAUCAUACAAAACCAUCCCAUCACAUAACACCAUCAUAAGAUGCGUCACCAUCUCAUUGCAAAAAAAAACAACAACAUCCCACCUCAAAUCACCAUCCCAUCACAUAUUAUCCCCAUACCAUCACCAUAUCAUCACCAUACCAUAACAAAUCACCAUAACAUCACAUAUCAUCAUCUCAUCACAUAUCGCAAUCUUAUCACAAAACCUAGGACACAUGACAAUGUCAUCAUACAUCACUCUCCCUUCACAUAUGACCAUCUCACAUGUCUCCAACUCAUCAUAAAUUGCCAAUUUAUCACAUAUUGUCUCAUCAUAUAUCACCAUCUCAUUACAAAGCCGCAUGCGCCUUCAGAAUUCUAUCCGAUGAUAUUAUAGAUUACGCCUGCAGACAUGAUACUUUAAAUCUUAAAUUUUUGUUGAGAUAAACACAUUCUCAUUUGUGAUUUUUUUUAAAUAUUGUAAAAUCAAACCGUUGUAAUAAUUUACUGGCUUAAACAUGAUUUAUUUCGAUUUUAUUCAGACAUCUACAGAGCUUGUGAAAAAUAUAACCUGCUAAAUGGAUUCUACCCAGACCCAAUCAGAUGCAGCAAUUUUAUAGAGUGCCACUUUGGCGUCACGCACUACUAUGAGUGUCCAGAUGGCUUACACUUUAAUGUCCAGGCUGGGGCUUGUGACCUGAGCGACCUGGUCGACUGCAGUUACAAUUUUAAGUUCACGUUUACUUAAGGUUUAUUUAAUGGACGGAAAGUUUGUUUGUUUGUUUGUUUUUGUGUGGUAAUAUUCAGAUGGAACAACUGUUUUUUUUUUGUUGCUUUUUUUAAAAAUUUGGUUGUCUUUAAUCUCUAUGUACAUAACUUUUUAGAUUUUUGCACUUUGCGUGUGAUGUCACACAACUGUUACGUUCCACCCCUGGUGUGACGGUACACAAUUGUUGUGAUGUUACACACAUGUUUACAUUUCCUCGCGUGUUCAUCUCUGACAUUAUUUGUAUAAUAAUGUAAUCUGCAGUGUUCAUGAUCGGUCCUCUAACACGUUACAAUAAGAACUGUCACGGCCUGGUGCAAAUAGACGGAUGUGUUACGUUUGCUUACCAAAAUACUUGGCUGACAUAUUUCAAUUUAACACUGUUGUUACGAGACUAAUGUCAAGUUAAUUAUAUAGUGUAUAAAUGGAUGUAUAAGCAAGCAAUGUUGACGUAGCUAGAUAUUAAGUCUUAGAAACUCCAGCAUCCUUGUUUAACUUUUUUUAAACUCAAAGUGGUAAUAUAUUUUCUAAUCAUGUGGGCUUUUGUUUCUGGAGCCUUUUUAUUAAUCAGAUAAAGAAAGAGUAAACAAGAUGCUCUUUAACGUACUUUUUCCUUUUCCUUGUUUCAAAAUUAAAUGAAUGAAUGGAAGAUUUGAAUGAUCAUUGAAAAUGUAGUUCGUGUGUCAAAUCUCUCUCGCUGUCCCCCCCCCUCUCUUUCCGUGUCUCUUUCUCUCUCUUUCUGUCUCCCCCUCUCUCUCUCUCUCUCUCUCUUUAUCACUCUCUGUCACUCUCUCUCUUUCUAUGUCUCUCUUUCUCUGCCUCUCUCUAUCUCUUUCUCUCUCUAUGUCUGUCUCUCUCUCUUUCCCUCUCUGCCUCCAUCUCUCUAACUCUCUCCAUGUCUCUCUAUGUCUCUCUUGCUGUCACUCUCUCACUGUCACUCUUUCGCUGUCUCUCUUUCUCUCUUUUCUCUGUCUUUUUGUUUCUCUCUCUCUCUCUCUCUCUCUCUCUCACUCUCUGUCUGUCACAGUCACCCUCUCUGUCUCGCUAGUUUUUUAUGUCUGUCUCUGUAUCUCUCUUUGACUCCGUCUCUCUCUGUCAAUCUCUCUGUCUCGACAGCUGUCUAUGUUUCUCUCUCUCUCUGUAUGUAUAUGUCUCACUCUGUCUCCCUCUAUCUCUCAAUCUCUCUCUCUCUGUCUCUCUCUUUCUCAUUCUCUCUCUCUUUCUUUCUCAGUUCUCUCUCUUUAUCUCUUGUCUCGCUUUCUCCCUGUUUCUAUCUCAGUCUCGCCCUCUCUACUAUACAUUUCUCUCUCUCUGUCUCUAUCUCAUUGGCGCUUUCUAUGUGUAUGUGGCGUUGGCUGCCAGCUCCAUCUGUUUGGCUGCACGCAGUACCAGAUGACGGCAACGUGCAACCCGCUUGCCAUGCUCACCUCACCAAGUUCCAGUUUUGGACAUGAAAUCAAAAGAUUGCAACUGUUUCAGGGAGCCAUUGUGUAAGUCUGGUCUUUCUGGUCCCUCCCUUUAUUGUGUUCUGG